AUGACUCCCCCAACGACCCCGACACCAAUGCAAUUGUCCGUCAACACCGGCUCCGAUGGCCAUGAGCUAUCGCUACAAGCCUCGUCAAUUUCCCACCUCACCCCGCCUGUUACCCCGAUAGGCAAGCCGAGCGCAGAGUCCGACUCCCUCACGAGUCAAUUGGAGGCUGGGCCAGAUGGAGCGUCGCUGGGGAAGCAGAAUAUAACCAAGCCGUUGCGAUUUAUCGACCAUCUUGAAAUCUGUCGCGACGAGAACGACCGACCUAUUGAGUUCGGCCGUGGUGUCUUGAGCAUCGUCUACAAAGCGACUUCAACGUCAACCGCGCAGCCCAUUACCGCCGAUACUCCUCCCACCUCGCCUGCUUGCAAUAGCCGUGUCCUUGCUGCCAAGACCCCAUUGCGCCGUGAUGCGCGUGCGGCUCUGCAAACCGAAGCCCUAACUCUGACGCGGCUGAACCGUACCCCGGGCCACGAUGACAGGGUAAUUACAUUCUUCGGCGUAGAACCCGAGACCGAGGCUCUGAUUAUGGCUGCUAUCCCCCUCCAGCUGUCAACAUACAUCGAAGACCAGGCGGAUCUGCGCAAGAAGCAUUUCUCAACUGCAACGAUGUUCGAGCCCGUUAUGGGCAUGGACUCGUUCCUUGAUUUGGCGCACAAAUUAAUCGGUGGUCUGGCCUGGUUGCAUAACAAUGCUGGCGUGAUCCACGGCGACGUCAAGCCGUUGAAUAUCCUGCUCCGACCCAUCGCGACAGAUGAGUGUGGCGACGCAGGCGCUUUCCCAUACCACCCGCUCUACGCGGACUUUUCAUCCGCCCUGGAUAUCCCAUCAUCUGACGCCUCGGAAAACAUACACGACAACGUCACUGGAAUGUAUGCCGUCACCGUACCAUUCACAGCCCCCGAACUACUCAAAUCUCUCACCUCGGGCAACGUCGCGCUAUCUCCAGCUUCGGAUGUCUUCUCCCUGGCCGCAACCCUGAUUGCCGCUGCAACGGGUGACAUGCUCCUGUACCCAGGUGACAGGCGUCGCCGGCAGCUGAUGGCCUGUGACGGGCAUCAGAUUCUCGAUUUCACCAGGAAUGGUGCGAACGGGGCCCGUGUUCCACGCAACGGACCCGUGGAGAAACUGGUGAAGCCUGCUGUUGUCAAGGACCCGGCGCAGCGCAUUUCUGCUCAGGAGUGGGUGACUCUUGCAUCUGCUUGA